GUGUUCACAUAAAUUUAUUGACAUUAUGUAUUGUAUACUUACUAUAUUUAGUAGGUAAUACAUUAUUGGUGUAUCUUUAAAGAAAUGAUAAGCAAACAUAUUGCUUUAAAAAAAAAAAAAAAAUUUAUAGCGGCUAAUUUAGCUAGCUGCCCUUAGCUAAUUCAGUUAGCUAAGUUUGUUGACAAGUCAGUUCGGCGUCUGAUUAACGUUAAAAUAUGUUAAAAGCGAAAAUACUUAUAAUUGGACCCAGUGAGUGUGGCAAGACUGCUCUGGCUAAUUUUCUUUCCGACACUGUGGAGACAAUUGGGACAGAUUACAGCCCAACACAGGGAGUAAGGAUACUGGAGUUUGAGUCACAAAAUGGGGCCAAAGAUGCUGCAUGUGAAGUAGAACUGUGGGAUUGUGCUGGAGAUUUCAGGUUUGAAGCCUGCUGGCCUGCUCUGAUGAAAGACUCCAAUGGAGUUGUAAUUGUAUUUAACCCAGAUGUUCCAAGUCAUCUUAAGGAAGUAGAGACCUGGCACUCCACUUUUAUCUCCUCACAAGGUCUACAGGCUGGACAGUGUCUGCUCAUAGCACACCACAAGCCUGGAAGUGGAGCUGAUAAUUCUCACCCUCAGUUAGCUCCUCAACUGAACAGACUGCCUCUUAUUCAUUCCAAUCUGGAGGAAGACCCUGAGGAGGUUCGUCAGGAGUUUCGUAGAUAUUUGGGAAAUGUUGUGCAAAGCUUGUCAGAAAGCAGAGAGCGGGAGGAGAUGUCCAUCAUAGCAUAAUAGCAUACAUUUUUAUAUUCAAGUCCUACCCUCGGUAUUCAUGUGUAUAUAAUUUGAACAUUCCUAUAUAAGAACAAGUAAUUAUAUAUUAAUAGUACCUAUUACUCUUUUUCUAUGAAUAAAUGAUUAAAACACU